AUGCUCAGAGAUAGGACAAAUUUAUAUUUAGCAUACAGGAGUACCUUUCCACAUCAUUCAAAGCAAAAGAGUACAAAGGAAACUAACAAUAAUGCUAGAUUUCAGCAUUUAAGACAAGAAGAAGAAGGGCUAUUGAAUGUAGACGCUGGAGGGGACAUUGAGUUGAGUGAUCUUGUCACAGCACAUAAUGAUCAUAACGUGCAAAAUGACGAGUACACAAAUAUCAUCCAAUCAAUUGAAAACAGGGGAAAUGAUUUAACACACCGAAUUAAAGAAAAUAUGAAACAACUAAAUAAGAAGUAUAAGGAGGUGCUUCUACCUCAAUUUGAUGAUAACUUGAUUCAAGGAGAAAUGAACAUUGUCAAUGAGUUGUCAAAUACUAUAACGAAUGAGAUUCGGAUGAUCUACAAAGUUAUAAAUGAGUUACAGAGAUUGGAUGAAUUAUUGUCAAGCAAGGAAGUUGGUGAGUAUGAUGAUGGAGGAUUUAGAGAUAAUGGGGACAAAUCUAUUAGAGGAACUCGAAUUCUAGUUAGUAAUUUGAAGAAGAAAUUUGCUCUUGUGUCACAAGAGCUAAGUGGACAAUUUCGUGAGAUGCAAGGGAGAUAUAUUAGGUAUUUGAAAAAGGAUGAAAUUGAGGAUAAACAGGGCGAUGCUGACUUACUGGGUGGUGAAACUACUGAUGUGGAGAGCUAUUCUAGAAAUGCUAUGGUUGAAAGUAGCAGACAAAUCGAGUCCAAGCAAACCCAAUUACAGUUAAACAAGACUGAACUAAUCGACGACCAGCAGUAUCUAUUAGAGCGAGAAAGAGAAAUUUACAAGAUCUCACAGAAUGUGGUAGAGAUCAGUAUCAUCUUCAAGGAGUUGGAGAACAUUGUGAUCGAUCAGGGCACGAUAUUGGAUAACAUUGCAUAUAAUUUGGAUCGUACAGCGGAAAAUGUUAAAGGUGCACAUAAACAACUCAAUAAAGCUGAAGGCUACCAAAAACAAACAAGAAAAUGUAAGAUUGUUCUAUUUUUAGUUUUGCUCAUAUUCUUGUUUUUGAUGUUGUUAAUGGUAAAGCCCAGGCGUGUUGAUCAUUAUGUUCAUGAUGGGGAUAACGCCAAUACUGAAGUGAAAACUACUGUUCUUGGUCCGACCGCCACUGAAGAAGUUCUUCCUCUCACUACAUCCAUGGGAGAAACCAUACCGUCCACAACUUUAGAAGAAAAACUUUUAAACUUGUGA